CACACACUCAGUCGAGCCGAGCCAAAGCAGGUUGAGUGUGAACAAGCGGUGGGCUGCCUCUCACUAGCUUUCUCCUCCGGAUUAUCAACCCUGCUGUCGUCGGUACCGGUAGCAGUAGUCGAGGUGCAUUUUAGCAGUCCACAUCCUCCAGUACCGGCUGGUCUCGUGCAGCCUUCAUGAGACGAGAAGGCGACACGAGACACUUUGGAUUCACGAGCUAACCGGACCCCACCGCCCCCAACGCCUGUCUGCUCCCAGUCAUGACCUGGUGACAAUUCUUCAUCCACCUGUGGAGAACUCCUCCUUCCUUUCCUGUCUUAUCCAUCUCCCGCCAUGCUUUCCUCCCUUGUCCCUGUCCUCUCGCUCCUCCUACUCUCCUGGCCCCUCCUUGUCCUCUGUGCUCCGGCAACACCGCCUCCCCCCCUGGUGGCGGCAGGUGGCCGAGCAAUGUACCGGGUGUUUGACACCUCCCUCACCCACCUGACCGUCCACAAGAGGACAGGCGAGGUUUUUGUCGGAGCUGUCAACAGAGUCCUCAAGCUGUCGGCCAAUCUGACCGAAAUGAGGAGUCACAUGACUGGACCGGUGGAGGACAAUGCCAAGUGUUACCCACCACCCAGCGUCAGGGCCUGCGCUCAUCGGCUGGACUCUUUGGACAAUGUGAACAAGCUCCUUUUGGUGGACUACACUGGCAACAGACUGGUGGCAUGCGGUUCCAUCUGGCAGGGUGUCUGCCAGUUUCUCCGACUGGAGGAUCUCUUCAAAUUGGGGGAACCUCACCAUCGCAAAGAGCACUACUUGUCUGGUGCCAGAGAGGCUGAUGGGAUGGCAGGUGUUGUUGUUGUCGAUGACGACUGGACCAACGACCCCAAGAGAAAGAAAACAGGGAAAGGCGGCAGCCGCCUCUUCAUUGGCGCUGCCAUUGAUGGAAAGUCCGAGUAUUUCCCCACGCUGUCUAGCAGGAAGCUAGUUGCCGACGAGGAGAGCGUCAACAUGUUCUCGCUGGUUUACCAGGACGAGUUUGUGUCAUCGCAGAUCAAGAUCCCUUCCGAUACACUGUCUCUCUAUCCAGCCUUUGACAUCUACUACGUCUAUGGCUUCUCCAGCCGCACUUAUGUGUACUUCCUGACAUUGCAACUGGACACUCAGCUGACACAGAUGGAUGCUGGUGGAGAGAAGUUCUUUACCUCCAAGAUCGUGAGGAUGUGCUCCAACGACACUGAGUUCUACUCUUACGUGGAAUUCCCCCUGGGAUGCACCAAGGAUGGCGUGGAGUACAGACUUGUCCAAGCUGCCUAUAAGCAGAAACCUGGACGACGCUUGGCCCAAGCACUCGGACUGUCGGAGGACGAUGACAUCCUGUUUGUCAUCUUCUCUCAGGGUCAAAAGAACCGCUCAAACCCCCCUAGAGAGACGUUGCUGUGUCUGUUCACGCUGCAUGACAUCAACCUGGCAAUGAGAGAGAGGAUUCGCUCCUGCUACCGUGGGAUAGGCCGCCUCUCAUUGCCAUGGUUACUCAACAAGGAGUUGCCCUGCAUCCACACACCGAAACAGAUCGGAGACGACUUUUGUGGUCUUGUGCUGAAUCAACCACUGGGAGGUCUGCGAGUCAUUGAGGGGAGUCCGUUAUUCGAGGACCGGACUGAGGGUAUGGGCGCCGUGGCGGCGUACACCUAUGGCGAGCACACAGUAGUUUUUGUGGGGACCCGCAGCGGCCAGCUGAAGAAGAUUCGCGUAGAUGGAAUCCCGCCGCCGUCUGGCAAUGCUUUGCUGUACGAGAGUGUAACCGUGGUGGAAGGAAAACCCAUCCUGAGAGACAUGACGUUCAGUCCAGACCACCUGUACAUCUACUUACUUAGUGACAGACAAGUGAGUCGACUUCCCGUGGAGACAUGUGAGCAGUACCAGUCUUGUUCGGAAUGCUUAUCUUCAGGAGACCCUCACUGUGGUUGGUGUGUCCUCUACAACAAAUGUUCAAGACAGGAAGCCUGUGAGAAGUGGCAGGAGGCUCAGCACUUCAACACCAAGCUAGAUCAGUGUGUCAACAUCUCCGUUACCCCCAGCAACAUGUCUGUCACUGCCCCUGCAACACAGUUGAGCAUAAGAGUGCACUACGUACCAGAGCUGUCGGGGGGCGUCUCCUGCGUCUUUCAGGACAUCAGCGAAACAUCUGGGGAGGUCGGGGCCGACGGUCAGGUGACGUGCAUGUCGCCCACGCUCAGAGACCUUCCACCACACUCCUACGGAGAGAAGCGGGACAUCCAGCUCAGUCUUCGGUCCAGUGAGACAAGACGCACUUUUAUCAGCACCAACUUCACCUUCUACAACUGCUCCGUGUUAAACUCGUGCACUUCCUGUGUGGGCAGCAUGUUUCCGUGUCACUGGUGUAAAUAUCGUCACAUGUGCACCAACAACCUAGAGGAUUGCUCCUUCUUGGAGGGACGCGUCAGCACGCCUGAGGGCUGUCCUCAGAUCCUGCCCACAUCCGACAUCCUUGUGCCAGCCGGUCUGGUUCGUCCAAUCACGUUGCGAGCACGCAACCUCCCACAACCUCAGUCGGGACAGAAAAACUACGAGUGCGUCUUCCAAAUCCAAGGCAAAGUCCAGCGCAUCCCAGCAGUCCGUUUCAACUCGUCCUGCAUCCAGUGUCAGAACACCUCGUACUGGUACGAGGGGACAGAGGCAGCUGACCUUCCUGUGGACUUCAACAUCGUCUGGGACGGAGACUUCUUUAUUGACAAGCCCGUGUCCAUGAAAGCGUUGCUGUACAAGUGCGAGGCUCAGCGCUCCAGCUGUGGGCAAUGCCUGAAAGCGCCAACCGCCUUUCAGUGUGGAUGGUGCGCCGAAAGCAAGAAGUGCGUACUGCGUCAACACUGCGCGGCACCAGAGCACAGCUGGAUGCACCACGGACGUCACAACGUGCGCUGCAGCCACCCACGCAUCAACAAAAUCGCCCCGCUGACAGGACCUCGCGAAGGGGGGACGCGCGUGACCAUCGAGGGGGAGAAUCUGGGCCUGCAAGUAAAGGAGAUCACGCACGUUCAAGUUGCCGGUGUUCGCUGUAACCCUGUCCCCUCGUUGUACAUCAGAGCAGAAAGAGUGGUGUGUGACAUGGCGGAAGCGUUGCUGCCUCAUUCUCCAGGCGGUGCAGUAGAAUUGUGUAUCGGCGUGUGCAGUGCUGAGUACCGCACUAUGUCCACACAAGCAUACGCGUUCGUGAGUCCCAGUUUGAUCAACGUUCGUCCAGAGAGAGGUCCAGUUUCUGGAGGAACAAGGCUGACAGUAGCAGGUCGAAACUUGGACGCUGGCAGCAGUGUGUCCGUCUACAUUGACAAAGAUGAAUGUCUGUUUGUCAAACGCAUCAACCGGGAAGUGGUCUGCAUUACCCCUGCCUCACCGUUUGGAGUUGGCCCUGCUCUCAUCCGCCUGAUGAUCGACAAGGCGGAAGUGACCAGCUCAGAGAUCAAAUACACAUACACAGAGGACCCCACCAUCACCACCAUCGAACCCAAUUGGUCCAUCCUCAAUGGAAGUACAGCGAUCACAGUGACAGGAACCAACCUCCUCACCAUCCAGGAACCCAAAAUAAGAGCCAAAUUUGGUGGCGUGGAGACCAACAAUUUUUGCACUGCAGUCAACGACAGCGUCAUGACGUGUUUGGCCCCUGGCCUGGUCUAUGGCAAACCCAACCCACCAGAUGUGGCGCUGCAUGCUGACGAGUUUGGCUUUAUCUUGGAUCAGGUGUCUUCGUUGCUGGUGCUUAACGCCACCCCUUUCACGCAUUACCCCAAUCCCACCUUCGACCCCCUGGGAAAUUCUGGAAUCCUGGAGGUCAAGCCGGGGUCCCCCAUCAUCCUCAAGGGUAAGAACCUGGUCCCACCUGCCCCUGGGAAUAACCGUCUGAACUACACAGUUUUGAUUGGCGAGUCUCCAUGCUUGUUGACUGUUUCGGAACAUCAGCUGCUUUGUGAUUCUCCAGAGCUGACUGGAGAGCAACGUGUGUUGAUCCUGGUUGGUGGUCUGGAGUUCUCCCCUGGAACGCUUCACAUUUAUUCAGACAGUGCCCUGACGCUGCCCGCCAUCAUUGGCAUUGGUGCGGGCGGCGGCGUGCUUCUGGUCGCCAUCAUCGCUGUGCUGAUCGCCUACAAGCGGAAGACACGGGAUGCAGACCGCACGCUGAAGCGUCUCCAACUACAGAUGGAUAACCUGGAAAGCAGAGUGGCUCUCGAAUGCAAAGAAGCCUUUGCUGAGCUGCAGACCGACAUUCAGGAACUAACCAACGACAUGGACGGAGUGAAGAUUCCCUUCUUGGAAUAUCGCACGUACACUAUGAGGGUCAUGUUCCCAGGAAUAGAAGAACAUCCAGUACUUAAAGAACUGGACUCUCCGGCCAAUGUGGAGAAAGCCCUCCGACUGUUCAGUCAGCUUCUAAACAACAAAAUGUUCCUGUUGACCUUCAUCCACACGCUAGAGGCUCAGAGGUCGUUCUCCAUGCGGGACCGCGGGAACGUGGCCUCGCUGCUAAUGGCCGCACUGCAGGGCCGCAUGGAAUACGCCACAGUGGUGCUCAAGCAGCUGCUUGCCGACCUGAUUGAGAAGAAUCUGGAGAACCGGAACCACCCUAAACUCUUACUGAGGAGGACUGAGUCUGUGGCGGAGAAGAUGCUGACCAACUGGUUCACCUUCCUCCUGUAUCGCUUCCUCAAGGAGUGUGCUGGCGAGCCUCUGUUCAUGCUGUACUGCGCCAUCAAGCAGCAGAUGGAGAAAGGGCCCAUUGAUGCCAUUACCGGGGAAGCACGUUACUCCCUGAGUGAAGACAAACUCAUCAGACAACAGAUUGACUAUAAGCAGCUGACAAUGAUGUGCAUCCCUCCGGAGGGCGAGGCGGGUACAGAGGUGCCGGUUAAGGUGUUGAAUUGUGACACGGUGACGCAGGUCAAAGACAAAUUGCUGGACGCUGUCUACAAGGGGAUCCCCUUCUCGCAGCGACCGCAAGCUGACGACAUGGACCUCGAGUGGCGUCAAGGUCGGCUUACAAGGAUAAUCCUGCAGGAUGAAGACGUGACCACAAAGAUCGAGAGCGACUGGAAGCGACUCAAUACGCUCGCUCACUAUCAGGUAACAGACGGCUCCAUGGUGGCACUGGUCCAGAAGCAGGUUUCUGCUUACAACAUCGCCAAUAGUUUCACCUUCACCAGAUCGCUCAGCAGAUAUGAAUCAUUACUGCGCACCUCAAGUAGUCCUGACAGUCUGAGGUCCAGAGCGCCCAUGAUCACACCAGACCAGGAGACAGGAACGAAACUCUGGCACCUUGUCAAGAACCACGAGCACAGUGACCAGCGAGAAGGAGAUCGUGGCAGCAAAAUGGUUUCCGAAAUCUACCUGACACGCCUGCUAGCAACAAAGGGUACGUUGCAGAAGUUUGUGGAUGACCUCUUUGAGACGGUCUUCAGCACUGCCCACCGAGGGUCCGCUCUGCCGCUGGCUAUCAAAUACAUGUUUGACUUUCUGGACGAGCAGGCCGACAAGCGACAGAUCAGUGACCCGGAUGUGCGACACACUUGGAAGAGCAACUGUCUUCCUCUCAGGUUUUGGGUCAACGUCAUCAAGAAUCCACAAUUUGUUUUCGACAUCCACAAAAGUAGCAUCACUGACGCGUGCCUGUCAGUCGUGGCGCAGACCUUCAUGGACUCUUGCUCCACAUCUGAACACCGACUUGGAAAAGACUCCCCGUCCAACAAACUGCUCUACGCUAAAGACAUCCCUAACUACAAGAGCUGGGUGGAAAGGUACUACAGAGACAUCGCAAAAAUGCCGAGCAUUAGCGACCAAGACAUGGAUGCCUACCUGGUGGAGCAGUCACGUCUCCAUGGCACCGAGUUUAACACACUGAGCGCGCUCAGUGAGCUUUACUUCUACAUCAACAAGUACAAAGAAGAGGUUCUGACGGCGCUUGACCGUGACGCCUACUGUCGCAAACACAAACUGCGCCACAAACUGGAACAAGCCAUCAACUUGAUGUCAGGAAGCUGAGGAGACAAAACUAAGCUGUCUGCUAACUGGGGGAACGGGAUCAGCUUUUUCUUUUUUUUCCUGAACUGCAACAAUCAAUCAAUCAAUUUGCUAUUUAUUUACCAAGCAACGGGCUGGGACCCAAUUGUGAAAUUAGCUUCGACAGCUGAUUGGGGCUACAAAGGACCCUCAAACGCCGUGUAAAUAACCACAAUCGGCAUAAUGAGCAACAAGAAAGUCGACGUCCAAUCGCGCCACGCCUGCUGACCGACCACAGCUGUGUCCCCUUGUCCCUCAUUGGUCAGCUACGCUGGCCACCGAUUGGCAGGGAGAACUCUUUAGUGUUUACGGCCCCUACCCCUAACCACUCUGGACUAUACCCUAUCAGAGAACAUUCCAGCGCCGGCCUCGCCCCCCUUUCAGGACGCCAUGAUGCCAAUACUAAACCCAGCGAGCAGUGCCAUGUAAAGACCGGAACCAACACCAGAACUGACUCGGACCAAAGCCGAGAUCAAAGAUCGAAGCUGAAAUGUACUCAAAUUCUAAGACCUUGUAAAGUAGAAUCAAAGAGACAGAAUAAUGACUUUUACACUUGGCAUCGAGGGGAAGAUCCUGAUUGGCUCUUCACCAGGAAGGAAGGAAAGCCACUACUGGACCAAUGCCACUGUGUGUGUGCGCGCGCGCGUGCGUGUGUGUGCGUGUAUUUGAGUGGGAGGAAGCAACAGACUGAAAAUGUUAGUAAAUACGGUUGGGACAGUUCUAAAUACUGAAAUCUACAGUCUGAGAAUGCAACUUUGUGAUGUUGGGUCAUGUGUAAUAACUGAAAUUUUAAGCCUGAAAAUGCUUGUUUGUGCCGUUGGGUCAGGCCCUAUACCUGAAAUCAACAGAAUGAAAAUGUUGGUUAUUGCUGUGGGGUCAGGUCUAACUCUAAAACUCUACAGACUGAAAUACUAGCUCAUGCCGAUGGAUCGUGUCUAAUUACUGAAAUCAACUGACUGAAAAUGCUAGUAAGUUGGCUGUGGGGUCAGGUCUAAUAACUGAAAUCACACACACACAAGGGUAUUUAUUGAUUAUGUUCUUUUAUUUAAAUUAUUGUUUACACAUUAUUUAUUAUGGGUGCCAACGAGUCAGGUGUUGACUAACUCCCUGUGGAUGGUUUCACUGGAACGUCAGUCACACACUCAUACGGUGAGGAUGUGCCAGGUGGUACACUCCAAGAAGAACGUCCGGUCGCCGUUACAUCAGGAAACCAAACCGCGACAAGCGGCCAACUCUUACUUGGACAAAAGAUUUGAUGAUGUUUCUCCAUGAUGUCAUCAGAAUACAAAAGACGGAAUGAAACGUACAUGUUUAUCUGUGAAAACAUGUUUCAUAGUAUUGCCUUGUUUGAUUUUUACUUUGAAAUGUAACCAUGACCACCAUGUUCAUGUAGUAGCCUUUGUCUUUUUUCUACAUCGCAAUUGCCUUUGUUUGGAGUUUGUGACAUCAUUACUAAAGUGUAAACAACACCGA